CCCAACUGGAGCUUUGACUCUGGAAGACAGGACACCCAGACUGAGGGCGACCCGGCGAACAGCGCUGCUGUUUGGAUCUGUUGUUUGGUUUGGUUCUCCUCAGCGGACCGUCAUCCUGAAUGCUCGGAGGAAAUCCCGUCUGUCUGUGGUAAAGUAAUAAAAACUUGUGCGCAAACUGAAAUCGUUUUCCAGUUCGCUCCGCUGCGCGCAGGACGGUGAGGAUCCAGGAAUCUCCUCUCCUCUCCUCUGGACUCGCACUCUGUGCCGCUGGGACCAAACGAAUCCUGCUCUGAAAGUCGCAAACACGUGGUCAGAAUUAGUUUAAUUUUGUGUUUGAAGAAUCGAUAGCACCCGAACAGAACCGAGCCGGAGGGUGUGAGCUGCGGGAUAAUUGUCUCCUGCGCAGUUUGUGCGGUUUUCUCCCAGUUUAGGAUAAAAACACCCGACAGGAUUCCUGACAGUGUUUUCACUCUGACAGCCAAGCGGCUCACUUGUUGGACUGACUUUCCCGAGAGGUUCCGCUCUGAAGAACAACGUGUUUAUGGAUCGCUGCGCUGAGAGGAACUCCGGGAGUUGUUGGCUCUGCAGUUCGACAUCGAUCAUGUUGAUUCCCCGCGGUUGCUUUGUACUAUAAUAGAUGUUUACACAAAGUAUUAAGUCGUAUUUUAAAAGUGACUCUGUUCAGCUCAGACCAGCUCGCAUUGACCCCUGAGGACAGAGGGAAGCGCCUUUUCGCCCUUCCUCUUUUCUGUUUUCCUUCAAGACGUCAGGACGGAUCUCUACCGCGCACUCCGACUUCUUCUGUGAUUUAAACAGAGGCAAAGUGUUGGGGGAUAGCAUGGCAAUGGUAGUAAACCAGUGGCCAGAGAACAUUUCUGCAGAUCCGGGCUCCCAGCUGCAGAUGUGCGGCCAGGAGCCCGGCGGGGGACCGGGGACUCCUAACGGUUCCACACCGGGGAACGACACGCUUUCCGGGGAUAAGCUCCCCAACGUGGACUGCAUGGUGUGCGGGGACAAGUCCAGCGGGAAGCACUACGGCCAGUUCACCUGCGAGGGAUGCAAAAGCUUCUUUAAGCGCUCGGUGAGGCGGAACCUGACGUACACCUGCCGGGGGAACCGGGACUGUCCCAUCGACCAGCACCACCGGAACCAGUGCCAGUACUGCCGGCUCAAGAAGUGUCUCAAAGUCGGCAUGAGGAGAGAAGCUGUGCAGAGAGGACGCACAUCGAACUCCCAGAGCAGCCCGGGUCAGUACCUGACCAACGGCUCCGACCCGUACAACAGCCAGCCUUACCUGUCGGGCUUCAUCUCCCUGCUGCUGCGCGCCGAGCCCUACCCCACGUCCCGCUACGGCGCCCAGUGCAUGCAGGGAAACAACCUGAUGGGCAUCGAGAACAUCUGCGAGCUGGCGGCUCGGCUGCUGUUCAGCGCCGUGGAGUGGGCCAAGAACAUCCCCUUCUUCCCCGACCUGCAGCUCAUGGAUCAGGUGGCGCUGCUGCGCAUGUCGUGGAGCGAGCUCUUCGUCCUGAACGCAGCCCAGUGCUCCAUGCCGCUCCAUGUGGCGCCCCUGCUGGCGGCCGCCGGCCUCCACGCCUCGCCCAUGUCCGCCGAGCGCGUGGUGGCCUUCAUGGACCACAUCCGCGUCUUCCAGGAGCAGGUGGAGAAGCUGAAGGCCCUGCAGGUCGACACGGCCGAAUACUCCUGCCUCAAGUCCAUCGUGCUCUUCACGUCAGAUGCCAUGGGGCUGUCUGACGUCGCCCAUGUGGAGAGCAUCCAGGAGAAGUCCCAGUGUGCUCUGGAGGAAUAUGUGAGGAACCAGUAUCCCAGCCAGCCAAACCGAUUCGGGCGCCUGCUCCUCCGCCUGCCCUCUCUGCGUAUCGUCUCCUCACCGGUCAUCGAGCAGCUGUUUUUCGUGCGACUGGUGGGCAAGACGCCCAUUGAGACAUUGCUCCGAGACAUGCUGCUCUCUGGCUCGAGCUACAACUGGCCCUACAUGCCCACAGUGCAGCGCGAGCGGCCGCUCUCCCUCCACUACAAUGAGAACGGACCCUGAGGCUGAGCAGCAGAGGAGAAGCUCAUCCUGCUUUCUUUCCCUUCCUUGUCCACUUUUCAGCUUUCCCCGAGGAAGCAUCUUCCUCACCAUUCCACCCAUGAGACUCUUGAAAUGUUACCAUCCCAGUUACACAAGCCAGCCAAUCGUUUGUCAUUGCCGAUACAGAGACUCAAUGGCCUCUCCAAGUCCCUGAGCUGAUGGCGUGCAGUCUUUCUCUUUGAGACGUGGCAUGAGCUGGACGUGUUGCUGCACAGUUCACCAGCAGGUCUGAUGGACUCACUUCAGAUGUCAGUUAUAAAACUGUGCAAACAUUUGCCUAAUUCUUGGUGCUAUGCCUGCAUUUACAGAGCAUGGCUGAACCUGAGUAGGGACUAUGCCAUUCGAACUCUGCAGCCAAGAGCGAGGUCUGAGUGUGUAUUUACUAAAUUUUGAAAAGCAAACCAGAAGCCAUUAAAAGAAGACAAAUGCCAAAAUGUCUUGAACUUUUGCAGAUGACGUUAUAUUGUGUGUUGUUUUAGCACUGUUUGUAUGGAGAGAUAACUCAUGAUUGUGUCCAUAUGUAUAGUAUAUCAUUGAUUCAUUGGCAUCUAAGGCAUCUUUGGGUUCACUGAAUUAAAAAGCUCAGGUUUCUCGGGGUGUGGGGGGUCAGACUAGCAGACAUGUCAGUAUUGGGCUCUGGUUGUUCUGCUCCUUUGUCACUUUGACCAUGUGCAGUUUUGGUCACGUCUUGCCCAGAUUUUCAUAGAGAAGAAAGGAAGUUGUCUUCCAUAGGCCUCUUCAUGUGUGUGUUUCGGUCUUCUGGUGCACACUUUGAUCGCCGUAUAUUUAAAGUAAUCUUCCGUAUGUGACUCCAAUGAAUAUUUUCCAUUAAAGGUUGCAGAUAUUUUAUUUGGUUUGGUUAGAUGACAUAUUCCUCAUUUGUUUUCAGAACCAUAUCUGAAAAUUUCAGAAAAUAAAAAUAUCAUUAAAUUCAGGAGUAUUAUGAGAUCAUGUCACAAGAUAUCUCGUAGUAUUGAAACAGAAUUAUAAAUUUUAUAAUUGAAAUCCUGUCAGGUUGCAGUCAGGAGGAGUUUAUUUGGAAAAAUAAGAUUGAAGAGUAUUUUGCCACUUAUCAGUCAUAUAUAAAAACAGAAGAAACGAGUCUGAUCUACAGGUAUUUCAAUGAAGUACUGAGAAACUAUUGGUGACAUUGGAUUGCAAUUUGCAGCUUACAGUUCACCAUUUAUAAGUGAUGCAUAUAUUGCACUUGACCGUCUCUAGUUCAGAAUCAAGUAUACCAUUGAAAUACUUACAAUGGUCAAACUGGACCUGGAUAAUCCUUUAAACACAGGCGCUGAAUUAUUUUAACCAUAGCAGUUCUUUAAAAUCCAUUUGUCAUCUGCAAAACUUUUACGAUAUUAACUGACAAAAAGUAGCAAUUCCACUACUAUUCUUCAUCAUGACCUCGUUCAUUUGGUUCCUGAUGAAAACUUUACAUAGAGAAGUCAAACAUGAACAACUUGUUUUAACCCAGUUUCCUCAUAAAUGUAAAAAUCUCAUCACAGAAUGUUCCUGUAAUCUAAAUACCGAGUGUUAUCUCAGUGGUUUUUACCUGCAUUGUGUUUCUUCUCAUGAUAAGAAAAACUAAUAUUUUAUCAUCAUCCUUUGAUGCAUCUGAUUCGCAAUUUGAAAACCAGAUUGCCAGUGAUUUUUUGGACACGACAACAAAAUGAUGCACUAUUUCUAAGAUAGUCACAUAUAAAGCAUAAAUGAGCCACUUUUACAAAAUGCAAAGAUCCACUUCUCUAAUUUAGCAGAAAUGAAUGAAUAACAUCCAUUUGGAAACUUUAAUCUCAUUUUAAGCUUUGCAUAUUUUCUGUCAGCAUUGAUGUUUCUCUCACCAGGCCUGGUGAACACUUGGAGUGGCUCCAACUGACUGCAACCUGACCAAUGUUUUGAUUAAUUCAACGGUUAAAUCUUUGGCCCUCUCAUAAAAGUAUCCACAUUUUAUCCUCAAAUAAAUGUAUUGAACGCUGUGAUUUCUACACAAAAGACGUCUGCACCAACAAAUCUAUACUUAUGUAAGCAUUUCUUACAAACUGAACUCUCACGAGGAACAGAAAAAGUAUGCAAAGUAACUGAAUGAGUGAUAAAUGGAAGUAGGCAUGGAUGAAUAGGGAACCGUAGGAGAGGAUUGGCAUCAGAGCAGCCAGAGCCCUCAGUUAGCACAAAAACA